AUGGCUUUGUUUCUUGCUUCGUCCUCACAAAAUUCAGACUUAGAGCCAAAGAAAACGGAUAAAGAUGAACGAAAAGAACAAUUUGAGGAUAUAGAGAAUCCAAGUGCAGAGGAAAUCUUAAAACGAAUCAAAGAAUGUUGUGGAGAAGCAGUGGGGAAAGCGUUUGAAGGUACGAACGUUGCUUUUAUAUUUUCGGCGGGAAACGGCCCAGAAUGCUACAAACCUUCCAAGUUUCUCUCUUUUUUAGUUUUCUUUUACUUUUUGGCGUGCUUUUUUAACAACAACAAUCUGUGGUACUUUGCAUUGGCGAAGACUUGAACAAUAUUAAAUCAAUAUUUCCUAGCAAAUGUAAAGUUUACUUGUUUAUUCCAUGGCCGUCCAUUUUGCCUACAUACUGAACUUUUGCUAGAAAAAAAGUUUCAUGAAGUCGAGAGGUUGAGGUUUAAAGCUUACUUCUCUUUUUCUUUGAAUUAAAUGUAAAAUCUCUUUUAUUUUAUAUACCCGUUCCAAGCACUGACUUGAUUGAGAAUAAAAAAACUGUCUCGCACGAUACAUGUUUUGAAUAUGUAAAACUGGCAGAAGUGCAGGUCAUAGCUUUCUAGGUUUUCAUCUCAGCUAAUAUAUAAGCUUAUGAUAUAUAACACACUAAAAAUAUGUGUGUAUGUUACCAGUCGGGAAUAUCCCUAAAUUUAAGGACAGGGCCAGCUGGUCACGCGACACUUUUCAACCAAUGAGAAGGCGCGCUUGUGUUUAUCAACAAACAAAUCAAAACAUCGCCCCAGUGCUCAAAAAUGUUCAAAACAACGGACGGAGUCGACGGACAGAAUUAAAGAUGAGCUUACAGUACUCGUCUAGGUUUCACAUUUAAUAUUUCAAAGAAAACAUUUCAUGUAAGAGAAUAAGAACAUUAUUCAUUGCAAGGAAUCAUUGGGGUGUUCGAACUGAUUCCGGACCGAUCGCAGUGGUCGUGGCUUCACUGGCAUGGCUUGCAAGAUUUUUGAUAGAAACAAACUGGUCCCGUGUAAAAAUAGCCUUAGAGAGAGUGUGAAAAUUUGUUGAGAUCAUACAAAACAGGAUUGGUACUACCUAUUAGCUUCUACAGGACAAGAAUCAAAGAACCAGUCAUCAUAACAAGAAUAAAAUAAAAAGUAGUUCAAAUUUAUUAAUUUUUCUAGUUUGUUUUUUGGUGUCGUUUCGUGUUGACUUCACGCAUCUGGUGCUUUCCUUGCUUGCUGUAGUACCUGCAAUGUUUUAAUUUGAUCCCAGAUUCAGUGCAUGUUCAAUGAGUAGCGAAAUACAUCAUUUACACUUGAAAUUUGCCUUCUUUCUUUGAUUGUUUUUUAACGGUGGAUGAACAUUUGGAGAAUCCAGCAACAUUAAAUCUUUCCAGAUUUGGUGAAUUUCAGAAACAAAGCGGUUACUGUCUACCUUGCGCUUAUCAUCUUCAAUUUCAUCCCCAAAAAUUUGGCAGAGUGAGGCGAGAUGUUAGAUGUGAAUAUCCAUAAGACUAAUAAAGUUGUUUUGGCCUUGAAAAGAAAAAAGGCAAAGGCUCGUACUAAUGCGAAAAAAAGCAAUAACACGGCUCUGUGAGAAACCCGGGAAUAGAAAACGUACGUGUUUUCAUGGACCUCGGAAUUCAAAAUUGGUCUACCAAAAUUCUAGGUUGUCUACCAUCCCCACAUUCAACAUGAUAAAAGUUAAUCGAUAUGACAAUCAAGGAAAAAUAUCUAGAACUUCGUGAAAAAAAUCUGUGAAUCGAAAAAAUGAUAGAUAUUUGUUCACCUACCUUGAAAACCGACCAAAAUCUCGCACAUACAUCGCGUUGUUUAAAAGAAGAAAUAAGCCACAAAAUGUGCUGAAUAUUUCACCAGACACUUCCAAUAUGGCUUCAGAUACGCUGUCCUCUUAAAAAAAUUGUGUAUGCCUCAUGAAAAGUCUUAAAAAUACGCCUGAGAGCCUCGAAACGUUGACUGAUUCUGUCCGACUCCGUCCGCUGUUUUGAAAAUAUUUUAUCACAGCGGCUAUGUUUUGAUUUGUUUGUUGAUAAACACAAGCGUGCCUUCUCAUUGGUUGAAAAGUGUCGCAUGACCAGUCGGCCCUGUCCUUAAAUUUAGGGAUAUUCCGGACUGGUUACUGGUACAUAACAUCCUAAACUGGUCAAAGCCCUGUUUUCUUCCCUUUGGAUUAUUAUUAUUUUUUAACAUUGAAGGUUAAAGGUUUUUGAUUUGCAUUACUGAUUUUAAAAUUGCAGGACAGUGGCGAUAUUGGUAGCUUUGGAUCAACACUUUCACCAGAUAACUCUGAAAACGAAAAAGGAGACCCACCACCUUCCCAGGCUAGUACUGCAGAGGGGGGUAGCAGUAUUCAGUUGUCACCAAAACUUUGCAAGAUGAUUGUGAGAUUUAUAUGUGGAAGUGUUUUGGGUGGAGAGGAGAUCUCAAAGCUGCUGAAGAAGAGAUUCUCUGUCACACCUAGAAAUCUCACGCCCCUCACACUAUCUCAACUGUUGGAAGUGGUGUCCAAGAAGCCAGCAAGGCACAAGUAUGUGGAAAUCCCUGAUGAACCUGUUGAUCUUAGGCAGCUGAAGAUGGCUAUGAUAAAAGUGAACAAGGAGACUGAAACAACUUACCUUUCAUCACUUUAA